GGUUGGUUGCAUGUGGGCUUUGAUCUCAUGUGUAAUAACUCCAAAGGUUGUACCGGAUGUUUGGUCUGCUGUAGAGAGCAGUAGUAAGUUAUUAGUAGUAGAUUGCAACAAAAGGUCAUGUGUGGCCUGGUACGUGUGCUAACAUAACUUUUGGGAUAGGUACUACAAUGUCGACACCACUGGGUGUCAACUUCGCAGCACUAGAUCCUGUCCUGAAUUUGGGGUACACGGAUGAUGGAGGCAGCACUUAAACUGUCAGAUUUAGUAGCUGUAGUUCAUGAGAGUUUUAUUUGUUACCUGUAGAACAAAAUCGAUUUUUUUUUGCUGUUACCUUUCUUUUUCCAAGAUUAUCCCUCCAUUGCUUCAUGUUUUAGGUUUGUUAACUUUUGUGGGCACUAGGUUGAUUUGUCUGCUUGAACGUUACAAUUAUUAUCUGGUAACCAAAAUGGAUUAAAUUUUGCAUUUCUGUCAUAAUAAAAACAUAAUAACUGAAACCUUUUUGCUGAAGGUAGUGAACAGAGUCGAUAACUUCCAUUGCCCAGCCUUCAAGAUGAUGAAUUUCAACUUACUUGUAUAUAAUUUUAUUGAUGCUGCAGUCAUGUAAUGCACUAUUUUCUUUAUGGUAAAAGAUGGUUACUUCAUGAGGACUUCUCAAGGUCAUAACCCCAACAAUAUGAAAGUUCGUUCUCAGAAGUCUCAGCCUUUAAACAAGAAGCCUCGUAAGUUCUGUGACACUGUUGAGGUACACAUUGUUGAUGAUGAUAGUGAUGGUGAUGAAAAUAUCCACAAGGAUUACUCAAUGGAAGACACAUCAAAGCAGCUUAUCAUGUACAAUCCUGAGAUCGCGUAUGACAAACAGGGGGAAGCUGAAGUUACUGAGCCUAUAGAUGAGGAUAAUUCACUGAACCAAAGAUUCAUGAAGCCAAGACAUAGAUAUAACACUGUUUUACCAUCUAUUGGUGCUUAUACUGUGCAAUGUGCUCGCUGCUUCAAAUGGAGGAUCAUCCCAACAAAAGAGAAAUAUGAAGAGCUGCGUGAGAAUAUUUAUCAGGAUGUUUUUGUAUGUGAAAGGACUAGUGAAUGGAACCGUAUUAUAUCGUGUGUUGAUCCUGAAGACAUAUCACAGGAUGGAAGUAGGCUGUGGGCAAUUGAUAAGGGAAACAUUUCCCAGACUCCUCCUGGAUGGGAUAGGGAGGUCAGAAUCAGGGGAGAGGGCUGCAGCAAGUUUGCAGAUGUGUACUACACCUCUCCAUCUGGGAAGAAGUUGAGGUCGUUGGUAGAAAUUGGGAGGUACUUGGCAGAGAACCCACACUUCAUUAAGGAAGGAGUUAACUUAACCCAGUUCUCUUUUGCCACUCCCAAACCUCUGCAAGAAGACUAUGUCAGGAAGCAUACAUAUGCAGCAGCUCCUGAAUCACCAGAUCUUCUUGAGACAGCACAAGUGGAUCCACUCUGCUGGGCAGCACCCCCUACAUGCAAUGAACUGCUUGGCUCUUCAACCUCAGGGCCUGUUGAUUUCAGCCAGUCUGAGGUGUCAAACCCUGUGGACUUGCACCAGCCUAAGGGGGCUGCACCACUACCUCCACACACCAAGAAGAAAACGAAACGAGGGCGGGUGUCAGCAAGGAAGCGUCGAUCGACUCCACCCGGUUCAUCCAACGAUCAGUCUGGAGGAUGCGUAAGCGACAUCGGGCAUGUUUUGCUGUGAACUCCAGAUGCAGUGCCUUCGAUCGUCUCUGUCAGUCUUCCUUUUGGUUUGGUCUUGUCGCCCACAACUCCUCUCAAGGAACACAAACUGGACUUAUGCCCAAUGUCUAGGGUUCAUCAGAUGCACUAAGCAUCGCAUUUUGGUAUUGUAAUUGUGUCGACAAGACCAUGACAUAGGUUGUAGCAUCCACAGAAGUAGAUAGUCGGCAUGCGUCUGAUAGAGUUGGCAGAAUAUGUUUCUUGGACAGCCUGCUAUAUUUGUUGAUAUGGUAGCUCUACAGACUACUGGUUAAUGUAACAUUGAGCCUGGAGCAGACAAUGUGUUACCAGAUGUUCUCUACUGACUACUGGUAAUGCUAUCAGUGUUACCAGAUGUUUAUGUUUCGUUUCUCUCUGUUGUCUCUAUGUUCAUGCUAAUAAGUGAGAUACUUUAGGAUUCAUAUUCAGGAAAUACGG